AUGAAAUUUCAUGUUAUUGUGGGGUUGUCACGUAACGGUAAGAGUGCAACUGGAAACACCAUUCUUGGAAGAGAGGCCUUCAUUUCAGAUUAUGGUUGGCCUUUGGUAACACAUACUACAGAACUGAAAAGCACUAUAUUGGAUGAUGGACGUGCUCUGAAUGUCAUUGACACACCUGGAUUAUUUAAUGUUUAUGCUUGUUCGGAGCUCAUUGACAAAGAGAUAGUUAAGUCCAUCGGUAUGGCAAAAGAUGGCCUCCAUGCAAUACUCAUGGUUUUCUCUAUAAGUCACCGCUUUACAAGGGAAGAUGAGUAUGGUAUCAAUCAUAUUAAAACUCUCUUUGGUGAUAGGAUUGUUGACUACAUGAUCAUAGUUUAUACUGGUGGGGAUAAGGUUGAAGCUAGAAAGAAACCUUUCGAGGAGUACAUUAGAGAUCCUCCAGAGCCAUUGGAGAACCUUAUUCACUUAUGUAAAAAUAGAGUUGUUCUUUUUAAUAACGAAACCAAAGAUAAGGUUAAGAGACAGGAGCAAGUGAACCUUUUGAUCUCUCUUGUCAACUCCAUUGUUGCGAGCAAUGAUGGAAAACCCUUCUCAAUUCAAGGAAGAAGCCUUUCAGUGACUACAAAUGGAGAAGGAGAUCGAAGCUAAUAUGGAAUACUUGUCAAUGGAGUUAUCUAUUAAAUAAUUUGGGAUUAAAAUGGCCCAAAAAUUCCAAAGAUCAUUUGAUCUUGCACCAAACUUAU